AUGACCUUGCGAACAGUGGAUGAACGCGAGCCCUUGCUCAGGGCUUCUGACCUCUCCAAUGACCUGCACAAGACCAUCUCCAUCUCCAAGGUCGAGGAGGUAGGCGACUAUGAGAAUCCUCAAAAAUGGCCCAGCAGCUUCAAGUGGCUGGUCACUUCACUGCUGUUCUUCAUGGCCUUUACUGUAACCUUCAACUGCAUCUCGCCCAUGCCAAUUGCCAGCCGUAUCAUCGAAGACUUGAAUGAUGGCCAGCCUAACAGAUAUGCCAGCGUCCUACUCGUCACCAUCUGGGAAUUCGGCGAGGCUGCUGGCCCCCUGGUCAUCGCCCCUCUCUCCGAGAUGUACGGCCGUUACCCAGUCAUCAACAUCUGCAGCGUGCUCUUUGUCAUGGCCACAGCAUUGGGAGCCGUAGCACAGACGGCGCCCGUCAUGAUCGUCUCCCGCGCCCUGUCUGGUCUCGCCGUCACUUCCAACGUCCUCGGCCCUGCCAUCGUCGGUGACAUCUUCGAGCCGGAGCAGCGAGGAUCUCCAAUGAGUCUGGUCAUGCUGGCGCCUCUCAUUGGCGGUGCCAUUGGACCGGCCCUCUCCGGUUACAUCGCCGAGAGCCUCCACUGGCGAUGGGUGAUCUGGAUGAACGUCGUUCUCACCUCGUCGUGCGCAGUUCUCUUCAUCAUUUGCCUGAAGGAGACGUACCAUGCGGCCAUCAUCAAGAAAAAGCAACGAUUGCUGCACAAGGCCGCACAAGCCUCGAGGCUCGAGGCUAAUGACGAAGUCGUAGAGAUAAAGUCUGAGAGCCAGAAUGGAUUGAUCGAGUCGAUUGUUCGACCAGCUGCUAUCCUCAGCAGCUCUGGAAUUCUACUCGCCCUCGCCCUCCCUGGCGCGAUCGCGUAUGCUCACUACUACAACAUCACGACGACGAUGCCCGACAUUCUCCAGAACAUCUACGGCCUAUCCGCUCCUCAGAUUGGCGCCUCUCUAUUCUCAUUCAGCAUCGGAUCUAUUGCAAGCGUCAUGCUUUGCAACCUCGCCCUCGACAAGAUCUACGCCACGAUGAAGGCAGCCAACGGCGGCAUCGGCCUCCCCGAAUUCCGACUCCCAAUCUGCAUCUUCGGCGCCCUCGCCCUCCCCCUGACCAUUGCCCUCUACGGCUGGGCCGCGGAGCUCAAACUCCCCCUCUCCAUGGUCCUGACCUCUGUCGGCUUGAUCGGCAUGGCCAUGCUGGCCGUCGAGAUCCCGCUGGCCGCUUACAUUGUCGACGCGUUCGGCGACUACUCCGCCUCGGCCAUGACGGGGCUGGUAGUGAUCCGAUGCCUCGCGGGCACUUUCCUACCCCUCGGCGCCACUCCCCUGAUCGACACGUUCAGCUACGGGUGGGGGUUCACGGUUCUGGCCCUCAUCACGCUUGCGCUCGCGCCGAUUCCGAUCCUCGUGAUGCAGCAUGGCCGCGAGUGGCGUCAGCGUUCCGUGUACACUCGACACGAGCCGGACCAGUAA